AUGCCCGACAUCGAGAAAAACCAAAACGUCCCCGACGCCGUUGAUGAUGCGCCCAUCUCGCCCAUCGAACGCAAGAACUCACUUGAGAACCACCUCAUUCACCGUCCCGAACGCGCUGCAUUAGUCGACAUCCCUGUUUUGCGGCCUCAACCCUUCCUUUCACUGCAUGAUCUUGUAUCACUUCGAAAGACUAAACGAACUGACCCGUCAUCUGUCACUACAGAGAACAUCCUUCCCGCAUCCAGCGCGGCGCCGGGUCUCCUCUCACAGCAAAAGGAACUCCAGAAGCAUAUGCUUGAAGAUAAGCUCAACGACAAGAUUUCGCAUCGCCCGGCCCCCGAAACUCUUGUCAAAGAUGGUGUCCUGCGCGAGGACCCCCGCUCGGCGGAGCAGCGAUAUGAGGAAGCCAUCGAGGACGAAUAUGCGAAGCGCGAGGGCGGUGCUUAG